AUGGCCACCACGUUUCUGCAGACUUCUUCCUCCACUUUUGGGGGUGGCUCUACUCGGGGGGGUUCCCUUCUGGCCGGAGGAGGAGGCUUUGGUGGGGGGAGUCUCUACGGGGGCGGUGGGAGCCGUAGUAUCUCAGUUUCUUCUGCCAGGUUUGUCUCCUCGGGGUCAGCAGGGGGCUAUGGGGGUGGCUUUGGUGGUGGGGCCAGUAGUGGUUAUGGGGGUGGCUUCGGAGGUGGCUUUGGUGGGGGUUUUGGCAGUGGCUUCGGUGACUUCGGCGGUGGAGAUGGCGGCCUCCUCUCCGGCAACGAGAAGAUCACUAUGCAGAAUCUCAAUGACCGCUUGGCCUCCUACCUGGAGAAGGUGCGUGCCCUGGAGGAGGCCAACGCCGACCUGGAGGUGAAGAUCCGAGACUGGUACCAGAGACAGAGCCCAACCAGCCCGGAGCGUGACUACAGCCCCUACUUCAAGACCAUUGAUGAACUUCGGGACAAGAUCCUGGCGGCUGCCAUUGACAACUCCCGGGUCAUUCUGGAGAUUGACAAUGCCAGGCUGGCUGCUGACGACUUCAGACUCAAGUAUGAGAACGAGGUGGCCCUGCGCCAGAGCGUGGAGGCCGACAUCAAUGGCCUGCGCAGGGUGCUGGACGAGCUGACCCUGACCAAGACCGACCUGGAGAUGCAGAUCGAGAACCUGAAUGAGGAGCUGGCCUACUUGAAGAAGAACCACGAGGAGGAGAUGAAGGAGUUUAGCAACCAGCUCGCUGGCCAAGUUAACGUGGAGAUGGAUGCAGCACCAGGCGUGGACCUGACCCGCGUGCUGUCAGAAAUGAGGGAGCAGUACGAGGCCAUGGCGGAGAAGAACCGCCGGGAUGCUGAGGCCUGGUUCUUUAGCAAGACGGAGGAGCUGAAUAAGGAGGUGGCCUCCAACACAGAGAUGAUCCAGACCAGCAAGACGGAGAUCACAGACCUGAGACGCACGAUACAGGGGCUGGAGAUUGAGCUGCAGUCCCAGCUCAGCAUGAAAGCCGGGCUGGAGAGCACGCUGGCGGAGACAGAGUGCCGCUACGCUGCGCAGCUGCAGCAGAUCCAGGGUCUCAUCAGCAGCAUCGAGGGCCAGCUGAGCGAGCUCCGCGGUGAGAUGGAGUGCCAGAACCAGGAGUACAAGAUGCUGCUGGACAUCAAGACGCGGCUGGAACAGGAGAUUGCCACCUACCGCAGCCUGCUGGAGGGCCAGGAUGCCAGGCAGGGGCUGGGGUGCAGAGGGGGAAGUUCCUCCGCCAGCUAUGGAGGUGGCUUCGGGGGUGGCUCCUGCCAGCUCGGAGGAGGUCGCAGUAUCUCUACCUGCUCAACCCGGUUUGUCUCCGGGGGAUCUGCUGGGGGCUUUGGGGGUGGUGUGAGCUGCGGCUUCGGUGGAGGGGCCAGUAGUGGCUAUGGGGCUGGCUUCGGAGGUGGCUUCGGAGGUGGCUUUGGUGGGGGUUUUGGUGGAGGCUUCGGUGACUUCGGCGGUGGAGAUGGCAGCCUCCUCUCCGGCAACGAGAAGAUCACCAUGCAGAAUCUCAACGACCGCCUGGCUUCCUACCUGGAGAAGGUGCGUGCCCUGGAGGAGGCCAAUGCCGACCUGGAGGUGAAGAUCCGAGACUGGCACCUAAAGCAGACCCCGACCAGCCCGGAGCGUGACUACAGUCCCUACUUCAAGACCAUCAAUGAACUCCGGGACAAGAUCUUGGCGGCCACCAUUGACAACAACCGGAUCAUCCUGGAGAUUGACAAUGCCCGGCUGGCUGCCGACGACUUCAGGCUCAAGUAUGAGAAUGAGCUGACCCUGCGCCAGAGCGUGGAGGCCGACAUCAAUGGCCUGCGCAGGGUGCUGGACGAGCUGACCCUGACCAAGACCGAUCUGGAGAUGCAGAUCGAGAGCCUGAACGAGGAGCUGACCUACAUGAAGAAGAACCACGAGGAGGAGAUGAAGGAGUUCAGCAACCAGAUGGUCGGCCAGGUCAACGUGGAGAUGGAUGCCACCCCAGGCAUUGACCUGACCCGCGUGCUGGCAGAGAUGAGGGAGCAGUAUGAGGCCAUGGCAGAGAAGAACCGCCGGGAUGCAGAGGAAUGGUUCCACAGCAAGAGCGCUGAGCUGAACAAGGAGGUGUCUUCCAGCACGGCCAUGAUCCAGACCAGCAAGACAGAGAUCACCGAGCUCAGGCGCACACUCCAGGGCCUGGAGAUCGAGCUGCAGUCCCAGCUGAGCAUGCGGAAUUCCCUAGAAUCCACCCUGGCAGAGACUGAGGGCCGCUACAGCUCCCAGCUGGCCCAGAUGCAGGGCCUGAUCGGCAAUGUGGAGGCUCAGCUGGCCGAGAUCCGCUGUGACCUGGAGCGGCAGAACCAGGAGUACCAGGUGCUGCUGGAUGUCAAGGCCCGGCUGGAGUCAGAGAUCGCCACCUACCGCCGCCUGCUCGAGGGAGAAGACUGCAAGCUGCCUGCCCAUCCUUGUGCCACGGAAUGCAAGCCUGCUGGCAGAGUUCCUUACGUCUCGAGUGGGCCCUGUGCCCCGGGCCCCCAGCUCAGCACCCAGAUCCGCACCAUCACGGAGGAGUUCAGAGAUGGGAAGAUCAUUUCUUCCAGGGAGCAUGUGCAGCCGCUGUAA